CACUCACACCCCCUCCCCGCCACAGAGGAGCAGCAUCACCGCCUCGCCUCACUGAACAAGGCAGGGAGAGGAGAGAAAUGCAAAGGGAUGUAAGAUGGCAGAGCUACAAAUGUUGUUAGAGGAGGAAAUCCCUGCCGGGAAACGAGCUCUUGUCGAGAGCUAUCAAAACCUUUCCCGGGUGGCGGAAUACUGCGAAAACAACUAUGUUCAGGCUCAAGACAAGAGGAAGGCCCUGGAGGAGACCAAGUCCUACACCACUCAGUCUCUGGCCAGCGUGGCUUACCAAAUCAAUGCCUUAGCCAAUAAUGUGCUCCAGCUACUGGACAUCCAGGCCUCGCAACUACGACGCAUGGAGUCCUCCAUUAACCACAUCUCCCAGACGGUGGACAUUCACAAGGAGAAGGUCGCCCGUCGUGAGAUUGGCAUCCUGACCACCAAUAAAAACACCUCUCGCACCCAUAAGAUCAUCGCCCCGGGCAACAUGGAGCGGCCCGUGCGCUACAUUCGAAAACCGAUCGAUUACACGCUGCUGGAUGAUGUCGGGCACGGAGUAAAAGUAAGAUUCAUUUUGCAAAAUGGGAACAAUGCUGCAGGACGAGGAGGAGGGACACUGUCCAGGACAAACCCACCAACCCAAAAACCCCCCAGCCCCCCAAUGGCUGGCCGUGGCACCUUGGGACGCAACACCCCCUACAAGACGCUGGAGCCGGUGAAGCCUCCAGUGGUGCCCAACGACUACAUGACAAGCCCAGCCCGGCUGGGCGGCCAGCAAAGCCCUGCGCGUACAGCCUCACUCAAUCAGAGGCCCCGCACACACAGCGGCAGCAGUGGUGGCAGCGGUGGCAGGGAGAGCAGUGGAAACAGUGGAGUGGGUGUCCCCUUGGCGGUCCCGACACCUUCUCCCCCCAGUAUGGGCCAAGCGGCGACAUCAUCCGCCUCAGUGCCACAAGGGCCCGGGCUGGGUCCGAUCCCCAUGUCGCAGUUUGGCACCAUCUCUCGGCAGAUCUCGCGUCACAACUCCUCCACCACCUCCUCGGCCUCCAUGGUGUCGGCCACGGGGACGUAUCGCCGCGCUCCCUCCGUUUCCUCUCAGCAGCCCCAUAUUAACGGGGGUCCGGCGUUCCCGCAGAAUUCAGUGUCUGUGGCUCCUCCGCCUCCUCCGAUGGUCCAGCUGACACCACAGAUCCCUCUGACCGGCUUUGUGGCCAGAAUGCAGGAGAGCAUAACAGACAGCCCAGCUCCACCUCCUCCGCCUCCACCAGAGGAAAUAGGUGCGUUUGAUGAGCCCUCGCCCCCACCUCCUCCUCCGCCUGUUGACUAUGAAGAAGAGGAGCCUGCGGUUGUCCAUUACAGUGACCCCUAUGCCGAUGGAGAUCCCCAGUGGGCCCCGAAGGCCUAUUUAGAGAAAGUCGUGGCCAUCUACGACUACAGCAAAGACAAAGAGGAUGAGCUGUCCUUCAUGGAAGGAGCCAUCAUUUACAUUAUCAAGAAGAACGACGACGGCUGGUUCGAAGGCGUCUGCAACGGCGUCACCGGACUCUUCCCGGGAAACUACGUCGAGUCCAUCAUGCACUAUGCUGACUAGCGGGAAGAAAAGAAAAAAAAAAAAAGCAACCCGCAAUGCUAAGGUAAAACAGGGAAGGUGUCUAGAUGAAUGCAGUUCUGACAGCUGUCAUCUCUCCUUUAUCGAUGGAAGCGCCACGGAAAAAUGUUUGGAAAUAACAGUCUACCACUUUGGCUCGAGAGAAGCACAAUAGCCGCCAAAGCUUUUCGAAGCGCCCGUUCUGUUAGUUUUACACUGUUGACACGAAGGGAGGAGAUGAAAGCGUUUCAGAGUGCUGCCACCCGGUGGUGGGCGGCGGCAGCGCUUUUGAUUCCCAACUUCAAUUCUCUGCCACACGAGAAAUGAGAAGGCUGAAUAUUUGUCAAUGUUUGCGUUCAUAUGUUAGUGCAGCACAGCCCUGAUCACGUUUGCCGUGUUCAAACCCGGCCGUCUCUUCCACGGGGUUGCUGCAUCACUGUGAAUUCAACUUAUUGCGUCGCCGCGCCAUCUUGCGCCAUAGACGACGCGGAUGUUGCCUGCAAAUUCCAUUCUACCUUAUCAAGACUGAAAUACAAAAAAGGUCAAUAAGUGCAUUAGCACGCGACUGAAUGUCAAUCUCAUGUUACAGAGGGAAAAAGGCAACCUCACCUUUCAGGGAUUUGUUGUGAUAUCACCUAAAACACUGAAAAUGUUUUUAGUAGAAGAUCUGCAGUGGGCAGGAAAACGUCCAUCUUCGACCACUUUUUUUGUUUUGUUGUUCCGAGUAAACUUGAGCUUACACUGGUCGACUUUUCAGCGAGAGGCAUGCUACCUACUCCUCCGAUUGCCUCUCGAUGAUUGAACACGCGUCACCAACCGUUGACCCAGCACACCCGUUUUAUGAAUCGGAGCAAAUAAGACGAACCGACAUCGAAAGAAACACAAGCACAGAAAGAACCCUACGCGGAAAGGUCGGAGCCCAGAUUCAAGCCCAGAACUUUUAGUUGCGAGUCCGACUGGCAUGUGUAACUGCCACGAAUGGAGAAAAAAUAAAAUAAAAUAACACGAUGUCACCAGUGACUCGAUCUUCUAAAAGUUCACAUUUUCUAAUGUUUGAGAUGAUAUUUGUAGAAUCCCUUUAAAACUGGUCAACCGGGUUGAUGUAGAAUAUAAAAAAAAAGCAAACAAACAAACAAACAAAACAAGACACUCUUUCGUCUGCUCUAACUUGUACAUAAAGUGUGACGUGAGACACUAACAGUAGGGUAAAGUGCAUCUGUCUGUGUGUGAAAACUCCUUGUGAAUUUCCAUCCGUUUCCGUACAGGCGGUGCCAAGAGUCGAUGACACAUUUGGAUUCUUUUCAUUUGUACGUGCGCAUUUUCUUCAUCGGCCUCGAUGCCGUUGAACUUGUACCGUGGGAACCGUCAGUGAUAUUUAUCAUCACCGCCGCCGCAUAUGACUAAUGUGCUUUCCAGCCACUGUAGCAAAGUUAUGUCUCGUCUUGAAGUCAGUGAAGGAGUCGAGUGUGCGUCAGGUCACCACGUAUCAAUAGCUGCACUGCUUUUUCUUUUUUUUUUUUCUCCCGACUGCAUCACACAAAGUCCAGAAUUCUGCCGCAAAGCCGUUGCCUGCCGGUCGAGCGCUUGCUGGUGUGGUGCUUUCCAUCGGUGCUGAACCGCAGCAAUGGUCAACCCAAACAACCUCGACUCAAAGGAGAAAUGUUACACGGUCGCCUUGUUUGUUGGUUCAUUUUGCAGUGGGAGAAGAGUCGGACAUUUUGAUUGUAAUCGUCUUGACAAUGUCGUGAAUGUAGUUGAUCUACUGUCAGAACGGCACGAUUGAAACAAAGUACACACUGUAUGGACAGAAGUAUUGGAACAGCCUUUUCCUAACUCUACCUUCCAGUCGGAGGUAUCGAAUUGAAGUAUCGAGAGCCCGAUAUCGAGAACUUCUUUCCAUAUAGUCUAUGUCAUGAGCUACAUGGAAAAUCCCCAAUGCAGCACAUAGCAUGAGUCUUCACAUACCGUUAAUGG